CAGAAAAGUAUCUCUUACCACAAUUCUUUUAAGUUGGAAAAACCUUGUUCUUCUGUCAAGAGUGGUUUUGGUUCUUAAUCCCUCCAUGACAUGAAUAUUUAAGCAAAUACAGUUGUGGGGGGAUCAAGAUCAUGCAGACCAAUCUAUCCUGUCCUACCUGCCCCUUUUCCAAACAAUCAAGCAGGUGCAUGUGGUCUUUUUGCCAAAACCGUAGAGCUGCCACUCAUGGCCAAUUAAAGUACAAUCAUGUUUUAUAGUGAAAGGCGUUUGAACGUGCUCCUACCAAGCCCCGACCAUAUGGAUCAAAUACAGCUGUGUGGAUUAAGUAUUACACCAAGCCUUCAGCACCUUACUUUGUAGAGAGCUUGAAAGAUCACUGAAGGCUGGAUGGUUUCUCAUGUGAGAGGUUUGAUUGAUGGAAACCUUGUUUGUUGGUUAUUCAAUGCCUUAUAAUGAAUCUGACUUCAAAGGUCUAACAAAUGGGGCACGGAAAGCAUGAAUUAACAGCUUUGUUCACAUGACAGUUGAACGGAUUAUUUCGGCAUCGACCAUGAAAGUCCUCUUCUUUAUUUUAGACAUUUAAACACACCUGAAACCAUGAAGAUAUUCUGUUUUUUCAACCGCAUUACCACUCACUUUCUUUGACCCGUAAAAACACCUGUACCGCCUUGUGUACACAAACACAACUCGUGUUUGCACAUCAUACCAUAUGAUGACAGGAUAUUGAUAUCGCAUUAUAAUGUGCAGCUCAAACACAUGCAUAUUAAAAGCAAAACAAACAUGUCCGUCAAGGUAAUCUUGUCUCCCCUCGCUGCUUUGAAUGAGACAGAAGGUCUCAGUAAUUGCCAACUCAGUCCCAGAGCAAUAAAGUGAUUCAUCGUCUAGAUUACGUUUUAACAGGAAGUUGAUUGAGAGCAUAAUCCAUAGUGAUUCUCUUGAUGGAAACAGGAAAUAGCAGAGUUAGAAAUAAAAUUGCUUGUUGUUCCUGGUGAGAAGGGACCCCAGAGAAAAAUGGAAAGCAAUUGCGAGCUGAUGGGUGGCACUGGCCCCUAGCACCACUCCUUCUAGCCCCACUGCCCUUUUCCUCUCAUCCCCCUUUGAGAGCAGAGAGAGACGUCAUUAGGGUUGUUGUGCUCUUGGCCUCCACCCCCUGCCACACAACUACACACCGGUGCUCUAGUCUAAUUAGGAGGGAAAGAUACAAUUCAGACAGCACUGUGCGCCAAAGUUCAGCAGUCAACAAUAACUGACCUUUGCCCUUGCACAUGAUACCUCGAGUCGUGUAACUCUAAUAUAUUUAAGGUUAUGUAUAACCAGUAGGAUUUGGAUGAGAAAUGGCUUUAGUACUCCACCUGCUGUCAGGGAGGGCAACAGAGGGGAUUGAAGUGUCAGCAUGAUUGAUGCUGGUAUUUCAUUCAGAAGCCUCUGCAAUAUAUAUAAAUACUUCUCUCAUUAGGGAGACGACAGAUGUUUGCUAAUUGGGAUCAUCCUGAAACUGGGGCGGUUACUGAGCUAUGCGACUCUGUGUGUGCGUAGACCCACGUUAAGGUUGUCUUGAGAGUAGGAAGGCUGACAAUAAUGCAUCCGUCCUCACAGGCACGACACAUCUGGAGGAAUGAAAUAAGACAGAAUCACUGAAUAAUCCUCAGGCAGACACUUUAAAUUCCGCUCUAUAUUCAGCAAAGGUAAUUGCUGACGAUGUAAGAAGCUUUUCCUGUUAUGGGGAAAGCUGACUGACUGAAGUAUCUUUUGACGCAUGCAGAAGCAGCUUGUACACACAUUUUGCGCGUUGCCUGAUUUGAUUAAGAUUGAUCUGUCCUCCACAGCUGUAUCCUCGGCUCUUGGUUUUUCCAUGCUUGUUUUUGACCAUUUGAGAGGAGAUGCUCCCACCCCAUCCCCCUAGCCAAACACACACAUACAUGGUGGUGCACACACACGCUCACACACAACCCUCGUGGACUGCGACGUCACUGAGCGAGGGGACUUUGAGCUCAUUAAGUAGAGGGCUGUGAUAUUCUGAAUCGAGACUGUGGGACUCCCAACUGGCCUAUUUAUAGAAAGCACAUCUCCAUGGCAGUCAUCGCUGCGCUAGCAAAUCGCAGCCGUGGCCCCAGACACCAAUUAAGAAUGAAACAAAUGCCUUUUAGACAGGGCGUGUCCCUCCUUCUGUCCUACCGGCCCGUGCUGCCUUCUGCUCUGGGAGCGGAUCCUCCCUCUGCCUCUUCCUGAGGCUGCGUGGGGCAUCAGGAGGACAGCACACAGAGAACUGGCGAAGGCUUGCUGCGGUGCUGGAUAUUUUUAAAAUGCACCCCUCCUCCACCCCCCUUUCCCCACGCCUACCUCUCCCCUUCUCAUCAGAAAAGUGAGAGUAAUGGGUAUUUUUUGUUGUUGUGUAUGCAUGUUGCCCUGUCUGUCCGUAUGCGCUGGGAUGCCGUUGGAUGCAAUGAAUUGCAGUGACUCAUAGAGGGACUUCAGAGAGUUCCAACAGGUUAGAAGAGUGAUGACCAUCCUGUUCGUUACUAUGGUUAUUUCAUACUUCAGUUGCAUGAGAGCUGCGCCCAUGAGAGAGAUCCCGGGCGUGCAGGGGGGCCACCGGGCCGAGGGCUACCUGGGCGCUGCUGCCGCCGCUGCCAUCACCUCGGGCAGCCGAGGCCACGGGACUCCACAGAGUGGGGGCGCGCUGCCCUCGUUCGCAGACACUUUCGAGCAGGUGAUUGAGGAGUUGCUUGAAGUGGAAGGAGAAGCGACGCAGCAACUGGACCCCGGGGCCGACCAGGGCCAAGGAGGGGGUGGUCCCGCAGCCAUGGCUGACUCGAAGGACGUUGACAUGUACGCCUCGCGGGUGAUGAUCAGCAACCAAGUGCCUUUGGAGCCGCCGUUACUCUUUCUCUUGGAGGAAUACAAAAACUACCUGGACGCCGCCAACAUGUCGAUGCGCGUGCGACGGCACUCGGACCCCGCACGGCGAGGGGAGCUCAGCGUUUGUGACAGUAUUAGCCAGUGGGUGACGGCCCUGGACAAAAAGACAGCCAUAGACAUGUCGGGCCAGACGGUCACCGUCCUGGAGAAGGUCCCCGUGACUAACGGUCAGCUGAAGCAAUACUUUUACGAGACCAAAUGCAACCCUUUAGGGUACACAAAGGAGGGCUGCCGAGGAAUAGACAAGCGGCACUAUAACUCGCAAUGCCGGACAACCCAGUCUUACGUGCGAGCCCUUACCAUGGAUAGCAAAAGGAAGAUCGGCUGGCGGUUUAUACGGAUAGACACUUCGUGUGUAUGCACAUUGACCAUUAAGAGGGGCAGAUAGUGUACACAAUGUAUAGAUUUUAUUGAGAGUUCUAAAAAAGAGAGAGAAAAAAGAAAAUAUCUAUUUGUAUAUAUACAUAACAGGGUAAAUUAUUCCGUCAGAUGAAAAUUUUAUGGACUGCAUGUAAAAAAGAUGAAGUUUAUACAGUAAAAGUGAUACUACAGUCUAUUUAUUGAACAUAUUCAUGAUCUUGUAAACAAUUAAAAAAAGAUCUGAUCAGUCAUUUGCGCCCAGUUCAAAUUACUAUAUCACAUUCCUCAAGACAUUGUGUUUUUUACGUUGCCAAGAUUUUGAGAGAUGAGGAGAGGAGGGGGUGAGGAAGAAUUACAUUCAAGAAAAAAAAAAAAAAACUAAACAAUAAAAAAAAUUGCAUGCUGCUUCAAUUGUGAAUUGAGACACUGUCCACUUUGGGAAAACAAGGA